UUGCGUGUCGAUUGGUAUCCUGUGCGCUGAGAUCAAAGGGCGAUCUCGUAUACAAGUAGCUUUUCACGACACCGCCCUUCAGCGCCACCGUGCCCCCGUGGGAGAGCAUAUCUCCGCAACCACCGGUCGGAUGGACAUUCCCGAUGGCCUCAACAAUAGCGGGGAAUCGUGCCAGCACAGCGGACGUUGUCGCGUGUCAUUUAACGACCUGUGCGCUGAGAUCCGGGCGGUGUCGUGUGCCUAG